UAUAAUAUAUACACAUAUACUGGAACUAUAUCAGUCUCCACACAGUCAUUACAUUAUUACUGACAUUACUCCACAACUACGUGGAGCUGCUGUGAGAGAACUUCUUUACGUACUCCACCCCCAAAAACUAUCCCUAGCCUGCCUCACUACUCAAUAGAAUGUGCUUGUAGCUGGCAGCCACUUCACAGACCAGGCACUAACUUGCGUUACGUUUGUGCCAAAGUACAACCAUCCACCCUUUAUCCCACCCACUGCAGCUGGCCGCUCCCCCCAAUAAAUAGCGCUGACUGAAAGCUUUUAUAUCCAAUAGAGCGUCACAAACACAAGCACAUCGGAAUAACCUACGCACUGAUUGGUCAAUAGUUGUGAGGUACCCAACCUGCCCGUCGACGUCAACGCGCAGUCCAUGCAUUCUGACAGAAGCUUCAGCCAUUCGCGGAUCGACUACAACUGAGAGGAGGAAGAAUUGCUGAGUGACCUAUUUGAAUGAGAUUACAUUCCAUUUGCCACUUGGGCACUGUCUUUGUAUUUUUGGAGACGAGUAAACGGCACUGGUGUUGCAGAUAUGCAGCUUGAGAUUAAAGUAGCACUGAAUUUUAUCAUUUCAUACUUGUACAAUAAACUGCCACGACGACGCGUCAACAUAUUCGGUGAAGAACUUGAAAAGCUCCUGAAGAAAAAGUAUGAAGGCCACUGGUAUCCUGACAGGCCUUACAAAGGGUCAGGUUUUCGCUGUAUACAUGUAGGUGAAAAGGUGGAGCCCAUCAUCCAGCAGGCAGCCAAUGAAAGUGGCUUUGAGAUUGAGGACAUCCGCCGAAACCUCCCUCAAGACCUCAGCAUCUGGAUCGAUCCGUCUGAAGUGUCCUAUCAGAUUGGCGAAAAGGGGCAGAUCAAGGUUUUGUAUGUUGAUGAUCAUUCCGAGAAUGGAACGGAACUGGAUAAAGAGAUCAAGAACAGCUUUAACCCUGAGGCACAGGUGUUUAUGCCAAUCAAUGACCAAUCGUCGUCUGUAUCUAGCUCCCCGUCACCCCUUUUUAAUGACUCCGCUGCUGUAAGUCCAACAUUCAUGCCAAGAGUUAAUCAGCCUCUCACCUUUACUACUGCUGCUUUUGCUGCCACCAAGUUUGGUUCCACCAAAAUGAAGAGUAACCGCAACAAGAUGGCGUGCUCCUCUCCCACGCAGUUUGGCUUGAACGUCAAUAUGUUACAGCAGAGUGCUUUGUCUUCCUCCGGGCAUCCCCUGUACGGCAUUGGCCUUCCCAGUCUUCAACAGAAGCCAUCCGCCCUCUCGCCCAACGCACAGGAAUUUGGAUUCCCGAGUAUACCCGAUCAAGGCAGAACCACCAUAAGCGGCCCCAAUGAAAGCACUCUAAGCAUUGGAACUCUUCAAUACAGUAAUGCCUUUGAUAUGUUUGCAGCUUAUGGUAGUCUGAACGAUAAAUCGCUUGUGGAUGGGUUGAAUUACAGUCUAAGCAACAUGCAGUACACCAACCAGCAAUUCCAGCCAGUCAUGGCUAACUAGCAGAGGUAGAUGUGCAUCCAAAUUAAAGUAUUGAACAAGCUGCAUGAGCCCAAGGUUAUUACUACUUUUCUUUUUUCUUUUUUUAUAUAUAUUCCUUAAGAUCUUCAGCUUGUUGCCCUUAUACAUUUUAAGGUUGGUUGCAUAAGCACAUAGACCAUUUCUUUUGUUUUUUGCCAGUUAAGUGCAAAACGUUUGUGUUCACUACAUUUUAAGGAACAUUGCUCCUUACAGUAUUUAGAAGCUAAAAAUACAUAUUAUAUAUUUUUUUAUAUAAUAGGCCUUGCAAUUUUGUUUUUCUAAAUUGGGAUAUGUUGAUUAUUUAUAGUACAAAUGCAUACAGGACUGGAGGUUCCUUACCUUUAUUCCCCCCCCCAACUCUGGAACAAGUCGGAAUUAAGUCAAGUCUUAAAGAAAAUUACGUCAAAUUGUAAAUAGCGUAACACACAGAUCAACAAUUUUUUUUUUUUUUUUUUUUUUUUUUGUUUCCAUGAGUGGCUUUGUUUUCCAGCCCUGUAUGUAAAUAUUUACAUAAAGCAUUUCAGAAUUUUUUUAUGGCUCUGAUUCCAGCAAAAAGUACUUCACUUAUUAUAUAUUUUUUUUUUUUUUUCUGAUUGUAAAUUCUUUUUCAGUUAUUCAGAAAAAGUUUAUUAGAGUAUUCCUCGCUGUAAACCUUAACAUACGGAGGAGAUAUGUAUUUUCAGAGUUGUAUUUUCUGUUACAAAAUUUAAAAAAAGAUUUUUGCUAUAUAAGAUAGAGAUGUUGUAAUUUUUGUAUCGAAAUUGUGCAAUACUUGACAAUGUUAAAGUAUAUUAAAGUCAGUGUCUUACAUGUUAAGAACUGAAAUAGUUUAUAUUUAGUUUGUAUUAAAAUUAUUUUAAAUGAA